UCUCACCUCAUGCUACUAUAAAUAAUGCUCAAUCUCAGCUAUACUUAUCAUCACAACUUCAUUUCCAAAAUAAAAAGACUUCCUUUUUUGCAAUUGUCAUUUGUCACCAAACAAUUGUUGUUAGCUCUCACAAGCAAGCUUCAGCAACGACAAUGAAGAAAGUAGUCUUACAGUUGGACUUACAUGGUGAUAGAAUCAAGCAAAAAGCUAUGAAAACAGCAUCUGGCCUUUCAGGGGUUGAAUCAGUUUCUGUUGAUAUGAAAGACAUGAAAAUGAUCGUGUUGGGGGACAUUGAUCCAGUGAGUGCAGUGUCGAAGCUACGAAAGUGUUGUCACACUGAAAUAGUUUCAGUUGGACCAGCAAAAGAGGAGAAGAAGGAGAAUGUGGAGCCAGCAAAAGUACCAGUUCCUCUAAAGCUCCAUGAAGCCUAUCCCCUUUAUUAUCAGAUGACACCACAUUAUGGUCAAAGUCACUAUGUCACAAGUUACGAAGAGGAUCCUAGUGGCUGUGUCAUCUGCUAAAUUUCAGAAUAUUGGAAAGUUUGAUAAAUAAAUAAAAGACCAAGUAGUCAUUUUGUUGCUUUUAAUAUUAUUUGUACUAGUAUUUUGCAUCAUCUAGUAGAUUGAAGGCUGAGCAAAAAAAAAAUCUAGUAGAUUGAAGACCGGUGUGUCCAAGAGAGUAAAUAUAUAAUGAUGUAUACAUAGUGUGGUGCGUGACAAUUGACAAAACUUUGUCAUUUUGUAAAAUGCAGACAAAAAUUUGAUGCCUCAUUGAUCAUAAACAAAACUACCAAGAUUUUGAGUGAAAA